AUGAGCACUUCGACCAACGACCCAGCCGAUCUACUCACAGUCAUCCUCGACUUGAACCCUCUAGCAUGGGCAGAUCUAGAAUCUGGGGAGAGCCAAGAGGAGACUACCAGUCUGGUCUCAGUCAUCGAAAGCUUCCUGAUCUUUGCAAACUCUCAUCUGGCCUUAAGACACGAGAACGCGAUCGCAGUCUAUGGGGCAAGCCUUGGCUCAAGUGAACUAUUAUAUUCAUCCCUACAAGCCAAACCGAUCACCACCAAAUCAUCUCAACCCUCAGGCUCACGCGAUGCAAAUACCUAUCAGAGCUUUCGGAUCCUCAAUGACUCGAUCGCCAGCGGGGUCAAGCAGCUGGCCACCUUGACUCAAUCCAGUUCGAUGACCGGAAAACAACCGGGAAUAGUCAAGGCGCUUGCCAAAGCACUCUGUCAUAUCAAUCGACUGGCUCGUGAGAACGAGAAUAAGAAGGAAUCUCUCAAGGCUAGGAUCUUAAUCCUUAGCGUCUCCUCUGACGCUCCCGGCCAAUACAUCCCCAUGAUGAACUGCAUCUUCUCUGCUCAAAAGUCGACAAUUCCUAUCGACGUGUGUAAGAUCUCAAAAGAAAACGCAGUUUUCUUGCAACAAGCUGCUCAUCUAACCGAAGGAAUUUAUUACCAAAUCGAGAAACCUAAAGCGAUACUCCAAUACUUAACAAUGAUCUUCUUGCCUGGCUUGGCUGCUCGAAAAUUCCUUAACUUACCUAAACAUCAGGAGGUCGAUUUUAGAGCUGCUUGCUUCUGUCAUCGAGAGAUUAUCGACGUCGGUUACGUAUGCUCAGUAUGCCUUUCUAUUUUUUGUACACCGACUCCGGUUUGCUCAACCUGUCGUACAAAGUUCCCUAUGUCAACUCUAAAACGCUUCUUGAUGGAGAAACCGAAAACUAGAACGAAAUCUGCUAAUGGAUCCAUCGUUUCAUCUCCUCUCAGAUCAUCAUAG